AUGGCAAACCCAAAAAAGAAGGACUGCAAACGUGUUCUCGCAAAAUGGUCCUGUUCGAGUGACGGUUGUCCAAACAAAUGGACUGGUUCGACUCUGAUUUUAAUUAAAAAGUACAAAGACAAAAUUUCUGCCAAAGACCUGAAAAUAGGCGAUUAUAUCGAACAAAAGUGUAAAAUCUGCGAUAAUAAACAAAACGAGCUGACCGAUUAUGAGCCUUACUUCUUCGAACACUUAGUAUAUGAAGAUAAGGAAAAGAAAAAAUGGUAUCGUGUUUUUGGGGAAUGGGACUGCAAUAACAAUGAAUGCGAAAAAAAGUGGACCAGCUCCUAUACGUGGAUUUUGCUCGAAAAAUAUCAGAAUGACAUUCCCGCGUCAGAUCUGAACCGAGUAGAAUUAAGUUCAAAAAACCUCAUCUAUCUCUUCUUUGUGAAAAGUGCAGAAAUCACACCCUUAAAUGCCAGCAACAUGUGGGUAUUUAAGGCACCUAAAAUUCGUUAUUGGUUUAACA